ACAAUGAAAACAGUGCUAUUCCAAUAAACCAGAAUGAACCUCAUGGAUAUUGCCAAGAUCUUCUCUCUUCUGCAGCCUGAAAAGGAGGAGGAGGAUACUGACACCAGAGAGAAGCAGGCUCUCAAUCAAGCUGUAUAUGAAAAUGACUCCUGUACCCUGGACCACCUUCUACACCAGGAACGCUAUAAACGGUUCAUCAACAGCAGGAGUGGCUGGGGAAUACCUGGAACACCCUUGCGUCUGGCAGCUUCUUAUGGUCACUUGAACUGCGUGAAGGUUCUCCUGGAACAUGGUGCUGAUGUUGAUAGCUUGGAUGUCAAAGCACAAACACCACUUUUUACUGCAGUUAGUCAUGGUCAUCUGGAAUGUGUGCGUAUGCUUCUAGAAGCCGGUGCCUGUCCUAGUGGUAGCAUCUACAACAAUUGCUCUCCUGUUCUCACUGCUUCACGUGAUGGUGCUGUUGCUAUCUUACAGGAGCUCCUAGGGCAUGGCGCAGAGGCCAAUGUCAAAGCUAAACUACCUGUCUGGGCUUCAAACAUAGCUUCAUGCUCUGGCCCCCUCUAUUUGGCUGCAGUCUAUGGGCACCUUGACUGUUUCCGCCUGCUUUUGCUCUAUGGGGCAGAUCCUGAUUACAACUGCAUUGACCAGAGCCUCUUAGGUCGUGUUCCACAACCCCGCACACUUCUUGAAAUAUGCCUUCAUCAUAAUUGUGAGCCAGAGUACAUCCAGCUUUUAAUAGAUUUUGGAGCUAACAUCUACCUUCCAUCUCUCCCCUUGGAACCCUCACAAGAUGAUAAAGGCAUCAAAUUGCUGCUACAAGCCCGAGCCACUCCGAGGGCACUCCUGUCUCAGGCUCGUUUAGUUAUCCGCAGAUCCCUAUUCCAGGCCAAGCAGCUGCAAGCCAUUGACAAGCUGGAUAUCCCCCCUGUGUUGAUUAGCUACCUCAGACAUCAAUGAUAAGUUUUCAACCUUCCAAGGAACCCAUGAUACCUCCCAAAGAUACCUGGUAAACCAGGGAGCUUGAGUAUAAUACAACUCAUGACUACUCUGAUGUAUUAUCCUCCACAAU